UCGCAACUGUUCAGCCUCCUGUUGAAAAAAGUAGAACAAGUCAUACAAGAACAGGGAAAGCCAUAAACUUUAUUGCUCAAAUGUUAAAAAGCCAUAAACUUGGCAGACCUUCAUGUUUAGAAAAUACCACUACCAACUUUGUAUGCAACUAGGGCAUUCUACUCAGAUUUUAAGCCUUCUCAGCUUCAACAUCUAAGAUCAAGCACCCAGAACACUAAUAUUAACAAUGCUAAACAAUACUGAAAGGAAAGAGAUGAAGAACAUGAUGCUACCGUUCUGGAAAACAGGGGGAGUCAGAAAAAUGGGGAAAGGGAGGAGUCAGAGGAAAUCAGAAGAUUAUAAUGAAAUCGGUAAGAGAGAGAGAGAGAGAGAUGGGUUCAUCAUAUCAUGGAGAAGAUGAUCUUAACUUUUUACUCUUACCGACUCCAUUAAAGUAUUAAACCUACCAACUUGCUCUAAUAAGCUCUUUCUCCCUUUCCCCAGUUCUCUCUCACUUUGAUAUCUGGUCGGCUCAAUACCCAACAAUGAUGGAAACCUCAUCUAUUUAUAUGCUGAGAGACAGGUGAGUAUAGGGUUUUGGGAACCAUGCCUCACGUGUUUCAUACCGGUGGGACGCUCCAAUUUCAUCAAACCCGACCCUCCUGAACACUGGUCCAAAGUUCACUUGCUUAUUAUUAACUUUUCUACAAAACAACUAAAAGGCACUGAAUAGAAGAGUCUCUAGGCAAACAGAUCCUAUCUGAGAGAGAGAGAGAGAGAGAGAACCCAUGUGGGACUUUGGCCUGCCAAUCUUAUGGGUCCAACUGUAAGUCAACAAGUCUUGGACCACAAUGCUACUCUACCCUACUGUUCACAUAAACCCCAAACACUAUUGGUUUUUCUCACAACCUUCUCAUUGUUUUCCUGAAGAAAGUGAGGGAGGGGCAGAGAAACCAUGGAAGAAGGGUUACUACUAAUGUCAGAGUCAAGGUCCAAUAUUAAUGGAGCUUCAGGUGAUUGCAGUGACGUCAUGAACCCAAGUGGGUCCUCCUCAGCCACCCCUGUUGUGGUCCUGAGCACAUUGGUGGCUCUCUGUGGUGCCUCUGGCUAUGGCUGUGCUAUAGGAUAUUCAUCCUCUGCUGAAUCAGGAAUUCUGGAAGACUUGGGCCUUACUGUUGCAGAAUACUCAGUUUUUGGUUCAAUAAUGACAAUUGGAGGAAUGAUGGGUGCAGUAAUAAAUGGGAAGAUAACCGAUCUUAUUGGUCGUAGAGGUACAAUGUGGCUGUCUGAAACAUUCAGUGUUGCAGGAUGGCUCACCAUAGCAUUUGCACAGAAUGCUUGGUGGCUUGAUUUAGGACGGUUGUCAGUGGGAUUCGGCGUUGGUCUAAUUUGCUACGUGGUACCUGUAUACAUAGCAGAAAUAACACCCAAGGAUCUUAGAGGAAGAUUUACUUCAGCUACUCAGUUGAUGUGUAGUUGCGGCUUAGCACUAGCCUUUUUCCUUGGAAAUGUCAUAAGCUGGCGGACCUUGGCAGUUAUCGGUGCCAUUCCAUCUCUUGUACACAUUAUAGGCCUAUUUUUUAUUCCAGAGUCUCCAAGGUGGUUGGCCAAAAUUGGUAGGCACAAGGAAUUUGAAGCGGCUCUUCAGCGACUGAGAGGAAAGCAUGCCGACAUAUCUCAAGAAGCAGCUGAAAUAAUGCAUUAUACAGAAAUGUUUCAGCAGCAGUCAGAAAAAGUUCUAGACUUGUUCCAAAAGAGAUAUGCUUACUCACUCAUUGUUGGAGUUGGGCUCUUGUCACUGCAACCAUUUGUGGGUGCCAAUGCAGUAUCAUAUUAUGCAAGUUCUAUAUUUGUAGAUGCAGGUUUUUCAAGUACCAUUGGGACUAUAUCAUUGUCUCUCAUUGGGAUUCCUGGUGUUGCGUUGAGUGUGCUCUUAACAGACAAAGUCGGAAGACGACCACUUCUACUGAUUUCUGCUGGCGGAUUGUGCUUGAGUACCCUUCUUGUGGGUUUGGCAUUCUUCUUUCAGGACAUCAACUUCUGGAAGGAGCUCACUCCUAUUUUGGUGUACAUCGGCUUAUUGGGUCAAAGCCUAUCAUACACAACAGGCAUGGCAGGAUUACCCUGGGUUAUUAUGUCAGAGAUAUUCCCCAUAAACGUUAAGGGUACAGCUGGAAGCCUGUUGAGUUUGGUGAAUUGGUCCUGUUCUUGGAUAGUAACAUACACCAUCAAUUUCAUGAUGGAAUGGAGCUCAGAAGGAACAUUUUUCUUCUUCUCAGCCAUUUCCGGCUUCACAGUUCUGUUCGUAGCAAAGCUAGUGCCAGAGACCAGGGGGCGAACCCUAGAAGAAAUACAAGCAUCAAUGGCCCAUUACUUAGAAUUGGAAGACUCUAUCGGAAGAUCAGGUGGAGAUGAAGCUGGUGGCAAUGUGGCCAUGGAGAUCCAUAUUUCUCUCGUUAUAAAACACUAUUGCACUCCCACUCUUCUUACUCAUCUCCUUCUGAUGGACAGAGAAGCCAUGGAAGAGGGGCUACUAGCUCUAUCAGGGUCAAAGUCCAAUAUCAAUGGAGCUUCAGGUGUUGUGGUUCUGAGCACAUUGGUCGCUCUCUGUGGUUCCUUCGGCUAUGGCUGUGCUAUAGGAUACUCAUCAUCUGCUGAGUCAGGAAUUGUGGAAGACUUGGGCCUUACUGUUGCAGCAUACUCAAUUUUCGGUUCAACAAUGACGAUUGGAGGAAUGAUUGGUGCAUUAGUAAAUGGGACGAUAACGGAUCUCGUUGGUCGCAGAGGUACAAUGUGGUUUUCUGAAAUAUUCAGUGCUGCAGGGUGGCUCACUAUAGCAUUUGCACAGAAUGCUUGGUGCCUGGAUUUAGGACGGUUGUCGGUGGGAUUUGGUGUCGGUAUAACUUGCUACGUGGUACCUGUGUACAUAGCAGAAAUAACACCUACUGAUCUUAGAGGAAGGUUUACUUCAGCUACUCAGUUGAUGCUUUGCUGCGGCGUAGCACUAAUAUAUUUCCUUGGAAAUGUCAUAACCUGGCGGACCUUGGCUUUAGUCGGUGCUAUUCCAUCUCUUGUACACAUAAUAGGUCUAUUUUUCAUUCCAGAGUCUCCAAGGUGGCUGGCCAAAGUUGGUAGGCAAAAAGACUUUGAAGCGACUCUUCAGCGUCUUAGAGGAAAGAACACUGACACAUCUCAAGAAGCAGCUGAAAUCAUGGAUUAUACAGAAAUGUUUCAGCAGCACUCGGACAGAGUCCUGGACUUGUUCCAAAAGAGAUAUGCUCACUCACUCGUUAUUGGAGUUGGGCUCAUGUCACUGCAACAAUUCGGGGGUACCAAUGCAGUAGCAUAUUAUGCAAGUUCUAUAUUUGUAGAUGCAGGUUUUUCAAGUAGCAUUGGGACUAUAUCAUUGGCUAUCAUUGGGAUACCUGGUGUUACAUCGAGUGUGCUCUUAACAGACAAAGUUGGAAGACGACCACUUCUAAUGGUUUCUGCUGGCGGAUUGUGCUUGAGUGCCUUUCUUGUGGGUUUGGCAUUCAGCUUUCAGUUUGAAUCAUAUUCAACUGAUCAUACUUUGAGCUUGACAGGAACUCAACCUGUGGAAGGAGGUCACUCCCAUUUUGGUGUACAUUGGCUUGUUGGUAAGUACAUUUCUAACCACAUGACAAGCAUUCCCUUUGGUUCUAUUUCGGUCAUAUCUUUCGAUCUAAAACACAUCUUCAAAUGUUCUCUCUCUCAGGCUCAAAGUGUAUCAUACACAACUGGCAUGGCAGGAUUACCCUGGGUUAUUAUGUCAGAGAUAUUCCCUAUAAACGUUAAAGGUUCAGCUGGAAGCUUGCUGAGUUUGGUGAACUGGUCUUGUGCUUGGAUAGUGACAAUCACCUUCAAUUACAUGAUGCAAUGGAGCUCAGCAGGAACAUUCUUAUUCUUCUCAACCAUUUGCGGCUUAACACUUCUGUUCGUAGCAAAGCUAGUGCCAGAGACAAAGGGGCGAACCCUAGAAGAAAUACAAGCAUCAAUGGCAACAAUAAGAUAAAUAAUGUCUCCAUUCCAUCUAUAAAGGAUGAUUCAUCUUUUAUUUUUCCUUAUUGAAUCCAAAGGCUAGCUUAUUUCCAUUAUAGUUAGCCUACUGGCAACCAUUCAGUCUCCUACUGAAAAAAGGAAAGCAGACCAUACAAGAUUAGUGAGAAAGCCAUAAACUUGGCACAUCUUCAUGAUCAGAACUUAGUAACUUUCUAUGCAACUAGAUUUCAAGCCUUUUACAACC